AUGCCUGUACGCCGUGGACACGUCGCGCCAAAAACGACUCUCAUCGAGACAAUUAUUCGAAAAUUUGAUACCCACAAUCGUAGUUUUUUGGUAGCAAACGCACAACCCGAAUCAUGCCACAUUAUCUUCUGCUCGGACGGUUUCUGCAAGAUGACGGGCUUCACGCGUGCCGAGGUGAUGCAGCGAUCCGCGUGCACCGACUUCCUUCAGGGCCAGAUGACAUCGGUCGGUGUGAUGGAAUCUAUCAAAGAGGCGCUAAGAAAAGGCGAAGAAAAGCACUUUGAAAUCCUUUACUACCGAAAAGAUGGCACAAAGUUUCUUUGCUCAGAAGUAAUCGCCCCCAUACGAUCGGAGGUGGACGACAUUUCACUGUUUAUCAUCAAUUUCGAGGAUCUAUCGAAUCCAUCUAACCCCGAGCCUAUAGAGGAGGUCAAGCUAAGCAAAUUUGAUAAAGCGAGAGCCAGCUUUCGACAAUCAUUUCGUAUUGGACACAUCGCACUGCGCGAUCGAGGUCUACGAUUGGCCGGAUAUCUGACACCGCCUUCCGAUGCCACCCAGGAGGAGGAUGACAUUAUCGCACCGAAGCACCUUAUCGACGGUGAUCAUACCCACAAGAAAACGGUACUCAAGGUGGAAACAAACAUUUGGGCGCCAAUGUCAACACCAGCGCUCACCAGGACGAGGGAGCUGGAAUGUCUUCCACACGACGUAGAUACCCUCAGUGGUCCCGGGGAGAUCGUAAUCACCGCGCCAGAGACCACACAAGGCCUGCUACAGACAGGAGUCAAGGAGCAUAGUUCAUCGAAAGACAUGAAACCGGAGUUUGUCCAAACGAAAAGCUUAGACUUUGAAACCCAAUUCAAACAUGGGGAAAGCGCGAAACUAAUUCGAUGUUACGAAAACAUACAUUCGCAAACAGGCCGUGGUGGAUUCGUAGAAAAACGUGCCCAUACGGUAGACGAUUUUAUGAGAGGUCCGGUAAGCCACAACGCAAGGCUCUACUUUCCGUACGUGUCGUCGGAGAGUGACCUGCAGCGGUACAGGGCGCUGCCGCUGAAGCAACAAACGGCGACGGCCCAGGAUGCGACGCAAACUAGCUCAUCACUAUCAAACGUGCCUUCAGACUCGCUGAAACACAAGGACAAUGGCUCUGGCAAAUAUUUCCAAGGUACCAGACAGACCAUUAACAUGGGCGAGAAAGUGGCUCAGGUACUCUCGCUGGGCGCGGACGUGCUGCCGGAGUACAAGCUCCAGAGUCCUCGGGUUCACAAAUGGACAAUACUGCACUACUCACCCUUCAAGGCGGUCUGGGAUUGGAUUAUCCUGUUGUUAGUUAUGUACACAGCCAUAUUUACCCCGUACGUGGCCGCGUUCCUGCUGAGCGAGCCGGACUAUAAUCAGCGCAAGAACCGGAAGUACGCCGAUGAUCCGAUUGUGAUAAUUGAUUUAAUAGUGGACGUGACGUUCGUGGUGGAUAUACUGAUAAACUUUCGCACGACGUUCGUGAACGGGCAGGACGAGGUGGUGUCUCACCCGGGGCGGAUCGCGGUCCACUACCUGAGCGGCUGGUUCCUGAUCGAUCUCGUGGCGGCCAUCCCGUUCGACCUGCUGCUGGUCGGAAGCGACACCGAUGAGCUUGGCUUGGACAAAGAUGAGACGACCACGCUGAUCGGUUUGCUGAAAACAGCCCGAUUGCUGCGCCUGGUCCGGGUGGCCCGAAAAAUCGACCGGUACUCGGAGUAUGGGGCCGCCGUUCUGGUGCUGCUGAUGGCCACCUUUGCCCUGAUCGCCCACUGGCUGGCGUGCAUAUGGUACGCCAUCGGUAACGCCGAACGGUCGCAGCCGAAGGGUAAGAUUGGGUGGCUGGAAGCGUUGGCCACGGACACGCAGGAGUACUACUAUCCCAACAACACGGGUGGUGGCCCUUCGGUGAAGUCGCGCUACGUAACGGCACUGUACUUCACCUUCACGUCGCUAACAUCGGUAGGAUUCGGGAACGUGGCCCCCAAUACGGACGCCGAAAAGAUAUUCACUAUUUGUGUUAUGCUCGUUGGCUCCCUCAUGUAUGCCAGUAUCUUUGGAAACGUUUCCGCCAUCAUACAGCGCCUUUACUCAGGGACUGCACGGUAUCACACGCAGAUGCUUCGGGUGCGGGAGUUUAUUCGCUUUCAUCAGAUACCGAACCCUUUGCGGCAGAGACUGGAGGAGUACUUCCAGCACGCCUGGACGUACACGAACGGAAUCGACAUGAACUCCGUGCUAAAAGGUUUCCCCGAGUGCUUGCAGGCCGAUAUUUGCUUACACUUGAAUAGAAAUUUGUUAAACAAUUGCUCCGCUUUCGAAGCUGCCAGUCCAGGGUGCCUAAGAGCGCUCUCCCUCAAAUUCAAAACCACACACGCUCCGCCCGGUGAUAUUUUGGUGCACAAAGGGGACGUACUCACGUAUCUGUACUUCAUUGCGCGUGGGUCAAUUGAGAUACUGAAAGACGACGUCGUAAUGGCAAUAUUAGGCAAAGACGAUAUUUUUGGCGAAAAUCCUUGCAUACACUCAACCUUAGGAAAAUCAAAUAGUAAUGUUAAAGCUCUGACCUAUUGUGAUCUGCAUAAAAUUCAUAGAGAUGACUUAUUAGACGUGUUAGAUUUAUUCCCGGAAUUUUAUGAUAGUUUUGUAAAUAGUUUGGAAAUUACGUAUAAUAUGCGAGAUGAGGAGCAAGCCGGUGUCGAGCUGCGGCACCGAUAUAUGCGAACUGGAUCACAGGAUCGGGAUAGUGAAACUAGAUCGUAUGUUAGAAAACUAAAUACGGUACACAACAGACCGCCCAGCAACAAAUGUGAUAUGCCCCAUGAUAGAAGCUCGCUCGGACAGCUGAGCACUAACUUUGACGACGAUCGGAAGUUUUCCCUGUCCGGAAUACUAAAUCAGUUGAAACGAAGCAUACCCGAUCUUAGCUCACACAAGCAUCAACCAUUAACGAACAAAUGUGCCUCCCCGAACGAGAGUCCCAAAAGUACGCACAAGCAGACGAUUCCGCGUCAGCACAGCCAGCCAGAGCAUCCGCCGAUGGCGAGCUUUGGUGGGCGCACCGCGCCUGAUACGGUCACGCUCAGUGCGAUCAGCAAUCGGGCCUGCACAUGUGGCGGUCCGGCGAAGGGCGACGGCGGGACUAGCGGCGGCGGCGUCGGCGGCCCCGGGCUGAUGCGCACUUCGGAUAGCACCUCCAAAAGCAGCCCGGACGAAGAUAUCUUUCAACAUACCGCACCGAACACGACGGUUAGGGCGAGCGAUUCCAGGCACAGCGUCGGGCAACUAUCGAACAAGCUGGCGGAGCUAACGGGCCGGGUCGAAAGUCUCGAAACGAGUCUCAGACACGAUAUGCGAACAAUACUGGACAUCUUACACCAACAACAGGCGAUGCAGUUCCAGCAGCAACACCAGCAACAGAAACAUUUUGUGAUGCAAAGUCAGCCAAUGGUGCAGCCAACGGUUUCCUCGUAUCAACCGUCCGAAAGUGAUUUUUCAUUCGAUAUCUGCGGCCCAAUCUGUGACCCGAGAGACGUACAGCAGCAGCAGCAGCAACAGUCGUCGCAGCAUCAGCAACAACAACAACAACAACAGCAUCUGCCGCCAUCGUCUCAGCAUCGCAGCAUGCACGUGCACCGAUCCGUUUCUCAGCCGGAGUGCACCGAUGAUCGUAGCUUAUUCAAAUGUUCGAAGUUUUCAUCGUUCAAUCACCCGAUCGACGACACGCCGGAGGGUCAAAAUUGGAACAUUUUUGCUCCGAUAGCAAAGCUGGAAUCGCUGGACGAAAUCGAUCAAGAAACGAAACCAUCGUCCAGCCAGGACAAACGGCAGAUGAACUAGUAGUAGCACGCAGAGUAGGCACGCCAACCGAACGGACGACAGCACGGACACGACGGCCUCUAGUGCGGUGUUCAUCAUAUAUUCUAAUACCGAAAACUAGUAUGAAUUUCUUUUUGCUACAUUCCUGUGUUUUCGAACAACACACAAAAUGGAACAAUACUCCUCCUCCUGUACAUAAAUUUCUCUCCUAAACACACACACACACCUAUAUUGAGAAACAAUAAAACACAACCAACACACACCGAGCAGCAGCAGCAGCAGGAGCAUCAGCGAAUCGCCCAAACUUUCAAACUCUGCUUCAAACACGCGCCAUCGUCACACGCUAAAAGUUACGCGCGCGAAAAUGAACGGUCCCAAAACUAAACAAAAUGGCGGCACCAAAAGUCCGCCGCGUUCAUAGAUACACCCCGCGCGCCAUUUUCAGAUUGAUUCAACCCCCCUCACCGCAACCCGGCAUGGCGCGCAGGAGUGAUAUUAGCUUAGUGCGCGCACGUGGUGUGUGUUGUCCUUUUUAAGAUUUUUCACACACCGUUUUUCCAAAACAAAUUAAAUAUUCCGGAACGGCACAGGGACGGCGCAAAAGAGAAUGAGAGAGCGAGAGAGAUAGGUUUGCGGUGCUCGAGGUGCCAGGCACACAGGAGGAAUCGUACACAGCAAUAAUGACAAUUGAGUAGCAAUCCGAUUUUUCCGUUAUUUCUCGAGCACAACGUGGCGCGGGGAGAAGGUUCGUUAAAUUAGAAGAGGUCACAUAUGAGUGAAAAAUCACCACAUUAACACACACACUUACACGCACACGCGCAAAAAACAGCAAAUAAUCAGCUAAACGAAACCGCAACGCAACAACAACCCAACCACAAGCAAAAUUGGGCGAAAAGUUCACAUAUAUUGCCUUUGUUUGAGCGAAUCGGCCCAACCGACGCCUGCACAUACCAAGUGACAUAGAACGAGCGACAGGUACAGGUACAGGAAGACAAACGCAAAACCG